UCAUAAACAAACAGGCCACGGGAGACGGAGUGUAUCGGAUGAUCGGUAUGGAGCCUUCGUCGUCGUCGCCGGAAUGGAAGCCAACAGUAAGCCAGGAAGAACAGUGGAUAUUGGAACGCCAAGUUUUUCACAUCUAUCAACUCUUCUGUAAUAUUCCCCCCAAGUCCCAAGCAGUUAUGUUAGAGCUUCAACGUGAUAACCACAUCGAGUACCUCAUGAAAGGUCUCCGGCAUCUCGGUCCUUCAUUCUCCGUCUUGGAUGCCAAUCGGCCAUGGAUUUGCUACUGGAUCCUUCACUCUAUUGCUUUACUGGGAGAGUCCGUUGAUGAUGCUUUGGAGCAUAACGCCAUCCACUUUAUAAGUCGGUGCCAGGAUCAACAUGGUGGAUAUGGUGGGGGACCUGGGCAGAUGCCGCAUCUUGCAACGACUUAUGCUGCUGUUAAUUCACUUAUCACCUUAGGUGGCCAUAGAUCUUUGGGAUCAAUUAACAGAGUCAAGAUCUACUCAUUUUUGCGAAGAAUGAAACAUACAAGUGGAGGAUUCAGUAUGCAUGAUGGUGGGGAAGUAGAUGUCCGUGCUUGUUACACUGCCAUAUCUGUUGCCUGUGCUCUAAAUAUUUUAGAUGAAGAUCUUGUUCAAGGUGUGGGUGAUUACAUCUUAAGCUGUCAGACUUAUGAAGGUGGAAUUGCUGGUGAACCAGGUUCAGAAGCUCAUGGUGGGUACACCUUUUGUGGGUUGGCCACAAUGAUUUUGGUCAACGAGGUUAAUCGUUUGGACUUGGCUAGUUUAACUGAUUGGUUGGUUUUUAGACAAGGAGUGGAAGGUGGCUUCCAGGGGAGGACAAAUAAAUUGGUUGAUGGUUGCUAUUCCUUCUGGCAGGGAGGAGCUGCUGUGUUGAUACAAAGAUUACAUGCAGCUGCUGGUGAAGGGCACAGUAGUGUGAGAAGCAAUGAAAGUUUCACAUCAUCUGAAUUUUCCGAUGAUGAAGAGUUGCUGGAGGGAACUUCCUCGGGUAUGGCUGAGAUUUCCCCUGAUGUGGAGGAAGAUGCAGGACGAGAUAGUGGCAUUGAUCAUGCUAAUUCAUCAAGUAUUCCUUUUAAUCUCACCCAAAGACAUAUAGAAGCAGAGCCUAUUUUCCAGAGCCAUGCUUUGCAGCAAUAUAUUCUUUUAUGCUCACAGGUGGAGGGAGGGUUCAGAGACAAACCGGGAAAGAACAGAGACCACUAUCACACCUGUUAUUGUCUAAGUGGUCUAGCCGCGGCCCAGUAUAGCUGGUCCAAAGAUGCUGAUUCUCCACCGUUGCCGCGCUCAGUGUUGGGUCCCUACUCUAAUCUCCUCGAACCAAUUAACCCUCUUUGCAACAUAGUCUUGAAACAGUACAACGAGGCACGCCAAUUCUUUAGCAAGCCAUUGUGAAUGUGAAGCUAAACAUAAUCUUAUUGAUUUGCUUUUAGUCUUAAAUGUUACUGUGUGUUUUUGCAAGUACACCAUCUUAGAAUCAACUGUGCUACUCCCUGAGGGUACUAUAUUGUUAAUGUUGUAACAUUUUUGUCUAUACACCUCGAUAUCUAUGGAUCUCUGUCGGGGAUGAACCGGA